AUGCGAGGUGCGUUGCUGACGCCCUACAGCCAACACUGUGGCCUUAGACAAUUCCUUAACACACGGCCGAGCGCCAUUGAGCCGCGCUCGCCAAGCGCUUUCACGUCAAACUCGUCCAGUAUGCUACUGCUGCAAACACACAGCAACUACGGUACGUCCUUCACUGAUCUCUUGUCGCCGCAAUAUCAAGAAGACUCUUCUGAAAUCUUAGAAGAAAAUUUAGAUCCAUUCCCAGACGUCGAAUUUCAUGCGCCGAUUCCACCGGAAGUGAAAUCUCAACGCACUACUCCUGUAAGCGAGACGCCGUCUCCUACUCUAGGCCCUGCUUUACCAAGCUUCGAAGAAACUUAUUCAGUGCGCUACCCAAAACAAGAAAUGGCGGAAUUCGGCUUAAAAAUGGAUGAAGACUGUUAUAACGUCAGUGCAUACUCUCAUCCAGGACACGCAUCGACUCAAUUAUUAUAUCAAUAUCAUCAACCUUCAUUGCCAUACGUUCCAUCACCUUACUAUGCACCGGCUCAACCGUGCUCACCGACAUUUGAUACUGGUGGGGUUACUAACACACAAGAUUCAUAUUCAUUGCCACCGUUUCCGAGUUCUGUCGAUUUGCACAUAUCUACUGAUCAGGGAAAUAGACAACGAAGGUCAUCAUUGCCUGUUCAAAGAUCAGAAUCCAGUAGUUCUAAUGAUAGCCCUAAAAUUCACGGUAGCAGAGUUCACUGUAUGCAAGCCUCAGCGCCUAGUUCUGCGUCUAGUUCGCCUGGUGGAGCACCUCAAGAUAAUACGGUGUCACGAGCAGCACCUCCAUCACCAAGUCAACUUUGUGCAGUUUGUGGGGAUACAGCUGCAUGUCAACAUUAUGGUGUCCGUACUUGUGAAGGAUGUAAAGGAUUUUUCAAAAGAACCGUUCAAAAAGGUUCCAAAUAUGUAUGCUUAGCAGAAAAAUCGUGUCCUGUCGAUAAGAGAAGAAGAAACAGAUGUCAAUUUUGUCGCUUUCAAAAGUGUCUUGCGGUGGGCAUGGUAAAGGAAGUAGUAAGAACUGACUCACUAAAAGGUAGACGGGGUAGAUUACCUUCUAAGCCAAAAUGUCCACAAGAAUCCCCUCCGAGUCCACCGAUUUCUCUAAUCACAGCACUAGUCAGAGCCCACGUGGAUACGUCCCCUGAUUUUGCCAACUUAGAUUAUUCGCAAUAUAGGGAACCAAAUCCAAUGGAACCCCCAAUUUCGGAUUUGGAAGUUAUUCAACAAUUUUACUCGUUGCUGACAACAUCUAUAGACAUGAUUAAGAUAUUUGCAGAAAAAGUACCAGGAUAUGGGGACUUGUGUCCAGAAGAUCGUGAACAACUAUUUGCUUCAGCUCGACUUGAAUUGUUUGUACUACGUCUUGCCUACCGCACUCGCCCUGAAGAUACCAAGCUCACCUUUUGCAAUGGACUAGUACUUGAUAAACGACAAUGUCAACGAUCUUUUGGAGAUUGGUUGCACGCAGUACUUGAUUUUAGUAAUACUCUACAUUCAAUGGACAUCGAUAUUUCUACUUUCGCUUGCUUAUGUGCGCUAACUCUAGUAACAGAGAGACAUGGUUUAAAGGAACCACAUCGAGUCGAGCAACUUCAAAUGAAGAUCAUUGGAUGUUUGCGGGCCCACAUACCUGGCGGUGGGAGUACUAACGCAGUAGGUGCUCCACACUUCAGUCGUGUCCUUGGAGCUCUCCCUGAGCUGCGAUCACUUUCCGUGCAAGGUCUUCAGCGCAUAUUCUACCUGAAGUUAGAAGACUUAGUUCCAGCACCGCCUCUUAUUGAGAAUAUGUUUCGCGCCAGCCUGCCCUUU